AUGGAAACCUGGGGAGUUGGCGCCCUCGCCCUCUUCCUCUGCCUGGCCUUGCCCGCACUCCUCCUCCGGCGACCGCGCCGAGGACUGCCGCCCGGCCCCCCGGCCAUCCCCAUCCUCGGCAAUCUCAUGUGGCUCACCCGCUCCGUCGCCGAGUUUGAGCCCCUCCUCCGGGAUCUCUGUUCCAAGUACGGCCCCGUCGUGACGAUACACCUCGGCUCCAACCCGAUAGUCAUCGUCGGCAACCGUGAUCUCGCCCACGAGAUGCUCAUCCAGCACGGGGUCGUCUUCGCCGAUCGCCCUUCUCCCUCCCCCGCCCUCCGCAUGCUCAGUUUCAACCAGAGCAGCAUCAGUACCGCCGGUUACGGACCUCGAUGGCGGCUUCUCCGCCGUAACCUCGCGACGGAGAUGCUCAACCCUUCGCGCGUCAGGCAGUGCGCCGAUGCUCGCGACUGGAUCCUGCGCCACCUCCUGGACAAGCUCCGCCUCACGGCGGCGUCCGGGGACGGCGUUGUGGUCGUCAAAGAGACCUUCCAAUUCGCCAUGUUCUGCCUGCUGGUCUUCCUCUGCUUUGGCGAGAAGCUAGAGGAAGCGGCCGUCAGAGAGAUCGAGGCCGUGCAGCAGGAUUCGCUGCGCUUCUACCGGAAGCUCAAUAUCUUCGCAAUCGCCCCAACAAUCAGUAAGUAUUUAUUCAGGGGAAGGUGGAACCACCUCCUACAGCUCCUGCAGCGGCGGAGGGAGAUCUUUCUCCCUCUUAUCACAUCUCGGCGCCAACAGAAGGAAUCGAGGGUUCCGGGGGAGAACAGCUUCCGCUUCUGCUACUUGGAUUCCCUUCUGGACCUCGAGAUCCCGGAGGAGGAGGGGAGAAAGCUCAACGACAACGAAAUCAUCACUCUCUGCGCCGAGUUCCUCGAUGGCGGCACCGACACCACCUCCACGGCUCUGGAGUGGAUCAUGGCGAACGUCGUCAAGCACCCUGCCGUGCAGGAAAAACUGGCGGAGGAAGUCGGCGAGGAGACCAAGGAGGAGCUCCUGCAGAAGAAACCGUACCUGAAGGCCGUGGUCCUGGAGGGGCUCCGCCGCCAUCCACCCGGUCACUUUGUGCUUCCCCACGCCGUCACGGAGGAGAUCUCUGUGCGAGGGUUUACCAUCCCCAAGGACGCCAGCAUCAACUUCUCAGUGGCGAAGAUGAACCUGGACGGGGAAACGUGGCCGGAUCCGCUUGAAUUCCGGCCGGAGAGGUUCCUCCCCGGCGGUGAGGGUGAGGGAGUGGACAUCACCGGCAGCAGGAAGAUCCAGAUGAUGCCGUUCGGCGUGGGACGGAGGAUCUGCCCCGGGAUGGGCCUCGCGCUGCUUCAUCUGGAGUUCUUCGUGGCCAACUUGGUGCGGGAGUUCCGAUGGGAGUCGGCCGAGGGUGGCGAGAUCGACCUGUCGGAGAUACCCGAGUUCACGAUCGUCAUGAGGAACCCCCUACGUGCGCGCAUCUCCUCCCGCCGUAUGUAG